GUCAAUUGCAACAUUGGUCAGCAGAUACAACAUCUUUCCUCGACUCGGAAAAGCUUCUCGCUUUCUUUGUGUCUGUCCAAUCCUCAUUUACAUUCACCCUGCAGCAGACAUAAAUAGGGGAAACGAAAACUGCACGUCGUCCUACGACUCUCCCUACACAUACCUAUUCCAACGACUUUGGUUUCAACAGUUUGGCCCGUCAUGAAGCUGAUACUCUCCACAUCAAAUAUCAUGAAAGGGGACGGAUCAUCCGUCAUCCGUCAUCCAACCACCGACAAAUCCAACGUUGAGCUGAUUAACUCGUUACGUUCGAAUUUCGUGGCCGCACAGCAAGCAGUCAGCGACUCCUCGACAGCGGCAUUCCAUACCUCUGAAGGAGCCGAAACAGGCAGACCAUGCCCGUCCUGGAUAUCAGAGCAGGAUGGUGCUCAUUACAUUCCCGCGAUAGAUUUCUCGCAGCCCGGGCUGGUGGAGGAGAGGGACCAAUACGAUAUUACGGUGAAAUUAUUCUAUCUCCCUGGGAUCCCGGUAUCGAGACGAUGUGCACACACAAGACAGGCUAUUGAUCUGGUAUUGAAGGAGCUACAUGUCGAUUCUAUCGAUCUUCUUAUUGUCUCGUUCCCCGGCGUGUCGUUUGACGCGGACGAUGACGGCGAGGAGGAAAUCUCAGACAGUGGAAGUGAGCAACAACCCGGUGACAUUGACAAUAUAAUCCAAACAUGGAAGACGCUGGAGAGCCUUCAGGAAAAGGGAAUGAUUGCGCAACUUGGAGUGGCAGAAUUCAGUGGCGAAAGACUUGCCAAAUUCCUACCCCAUACCAAAGUCAGACCGUCCGUGGACCAGAUCAAUGUCCGGGACUGCUGUGUUGUGCCCAAAUCCCUGAUCCUCUAUGCGAAGCAGGAAAAUAUUCAGCUUCUGACCCAUAAUGAUUGUACAAAUAUCCUCCCUGUUGGCACGACGAGGGAGCUGCUCGGCCCUGGUGAAAACGGCGCGGGGAUGCUGGCUUCGGCCCCAGAUGCAGAUGAUGGCAUAAAGGGUCACCUCGAACCGCAGUGGGUAGUCAAGUAUACAGCUGUCAUUAAAGACCGCGGAGUCGUGGAGAACAAGGGAUACUUCGCACUAGCUGAUAUAGGAAAUUGCGUUGAACAGCGGCCAUAAGUUCAAUUGCGAUGGGAAAGAAGUUCUCUUGUGCGGAGUCCAGAUUAUCCUCCUCUCUCCGGGUACGAAGGCAAGCAUCAUGGCGUUUUGGGGGCCCCCUUUUGUUUCUUCUUUCCAUGUUGAAAAUGUAUGCAUAUAGUCGAUAGGAUGUAUAGAAAGAUAGCCUGUUUCCCUGCUUCUUCAUGGAGUAUCAUGGCAAUAACUUAGCCAACCAUGCUCCUCUUGCGACCUCUCAUCCUGACAUCCUCUAAUCUCCUCAGAACAGCAUUAGCACCCUUGUAGCUCUCCCGGUACCCCUGUAGAACCUCGUCGAAGAACGCCUCAGUCCGAGGAUGCGUGCUCCCAAUCGCCCUCUCCAAAACAUACAGGUCAACCGCCUGGUCUUCAUCCUGCACACUCUGACUCGCAAGCCCGAAAUCAAUAAGAACCACCUCCCCCUCCAUAGACGGAUUCCCGUCAUCCUCCCGGGCAUCUUCUCCAGCAGACGGUGGCCUCAACACAAGAUUACUCGUCGUCAAAUCCCCAUGCACAACACCGGCCUUAUGCAACCGUCCCACGACACGUCCAAUCCUCCUCAAUAAAUCUCUCGCCCGCGCCUCUUCCUGCAAACGCACAGUCGCAUCCGCAUCCAGGUUUCGCUUCAUCCAACCCUCCCACCUCUCCAAGACAACCCGCAAAACAAGCCCUUCAAUCCAUUCCAUAAGCAGCCACGCGCCUCCAAUCCCACUCUCGCCACCCUGACCCUCCCAAUCCAACGCUAGCACGGCAGGCACACUGACGCCCUCUCGGGUCAGUUUCGCUAGACAUCGCGCUUCUUGUAGGAUGCGCUGGCGUGUGAGUCUCCGGUCCAGGAUUGGGUGGCGGUAUGGUUUGGAGGGUCGGACUUUCAGCGCUGCGGGGGUGGAGGGGGUGAGGAAGACGGUUUUGUAGAGACGGGCUUCGGCGCCUUGGGCGAGGAGCGUUGGUGGUGGGGUUGUGUUGGUGAAUGGGGAGGGGAGGGGAGGGGGCGUGUAGGUUUCUGGGUGUGUUGUCGAGGUCAUGGUUUUGGGGUUUGGAGAUGUAAGAUAGUUGAUGAGGUGUGAAUAAGUUCAAUGGUAGGGUUGUGUUGAUAAUUUCCCUGGUUUAUUGUAAGUCGGAAAGUAAGUAGGUCAAAGGCUGCUUAUGACUUUUUUUAAGCAUU